AUGGAAGUUAAUGAAGAGAAUAAAGCGUUAAAAAAGUUUUUUUUACAACUCCCUAUCAAGGCAGAUUUUGAUUUCAAUAAAAAUGUUAAGAAAGAGAUUCGUAAAGCUUUAUUUAUGUCGAUUUCCGCCAAUGGCGAAUGUUUGAAUUGGCUAUUCCCCAGUGCAUUUUUAGAUAGCCACUCUUAUAAUAGAGAUGACAUGAUCAAGAAAGUGGAAGAUGACUAUGAAUGGACCUUCAAUAACUAUUAUAAAGCAUUAUUAUCGAAACGAGAUCCCAAACAUGACACUCACAGUCAUCGUGCUUACCAUAAAAAUCUGCCUUGUGGAAGAAUUUUUCGAAAAGGGGAGCCAAUACAUCGAUGUUUGACUUGCGGAUUUGAUGAUACUUGUGCUUUAUGUUCGCACUGUUUUCAACCUGAGUAUCAUGAAGGACAUAAAGUGCAUAUUGGUAUCUGUCAGCGUGAAAAUGGUGGUGUUUGUGAUUGUGGAGACCCUGAGGCGUGGACUCGAGAAUUAUUUUGCCCUUACGCUGUUGAUGAAGAUUCGGCUUCCGUACAUGAUCGAGAAAUACCAGAAAGAUUGGCAGCAUCGAUUGUAACUACGAUAGCAACUAUUUUGGACUACAUGAUCGAUGUCAUAAUACAUAGUGACUUGCAAUUCCAAAACCCAGAAGAAACGACCGUACAUGAAAUUGAAUCAAAUACGAUAAGCAGCAGUUUAGAUCCGAAGAAAUAUGGUUGUCAUGAUAAUGAGUUUGUUGAUGCUACCAACGACCAAUAUUAUCUAAUGCUAUAUAAUGAUCAAGUCAGGUAUUAUCGAGAUGCAGUACAAAGGGUUCAUUUGGCUAGUAAAAAAGUGAAGGACUUUGCAAUUAUGGUGACCGACAAAGUACAAAAAUUUGGAAAAGCAAAAGUGAUAAGUUCACGAAAUAUUCAACUUUUGUUAGAGAGGCAGAAAAUAUUAAGUGCGACGGGACUAGCAACAUGUAUAAGAAGUCAUAGGGACAUUUUCAGAGAAGACAUGUGUGAUGAACUUGUACUGUGGCUUAAUGAUUUUUCUGAAAGUGAGCUUUUCAAAACAAAUACAGCUGUGAAAGAUUUGUUUUGUCGAGCUUUUUGCGAAAAGUGGGAGAACGGCCUUUUAGGGGGGAGUGUGAGUGAGACUACUUAUAAUUACAGGGUGGGAACGUUGGACCCUUUUCUUAGAAUCCCAAAAAUUUCUUCAAGAGAACAAACUGCUAAUGGUCAUUGGUAUUACUCCCCCUCUAAAUGGAAAUUGUGUGAUGAACUUUGUCAGGAAUGCAAUUAUAAUAUAAAUACUUCAGAGUUUCAGAAAAACGUUAGUCAUCAUGGAUCUAGACUUCAGUAUUUGGUUUAUUUGGAUGUCCGGUUUUGGAAGGAUACUCGUGCAUUAUUGCACGACAUGUAUUCCACGUCUUUGAUUAUCAACUUGCGUUACAAAAACAUAAUAUGCUACCAGUAUGUGGACAUAUAUCCAACAAUUGUAGAUAUGUAUCUUACCAUGGAUAGAGAGCCUGAACUUAGUAUUAUGCCAACAUUGUCAACACAAUUAUUCACAUGUCCUACAAACUCCGCCGAAAUAAUUAAACAUGGAGAUUUGACCCAAAUACUAGCUUCUAUUUAUGGGUUUUUGACUGCAGAGCAUGUAAAAGCUCCUGGAGACAUAGAUAGGACACAUCGAGUAUCUAUAAAAAGCUUAAAAAAUAGGCGAUGGGGUCAAAUAUUUUUUGAUCUCAGUUACAUAUUAACUAGAAGCAAGAACUCAAAGUUUUUGCCCAAUAGUAAUAUUGUCCCCAUGACUUGUGACAUGCUAGUUUUAUUUCAAGGUAAACCCAUUUUGAAACGAGAAAAGGCAAAUCAUGUUGAAUAUGAGAGUCCAGAUUACUCUGUUUUUUUCCAAGCAGUUCUGGUGAUUUAUCAAUUUGGUGAAGUUAUUGCGGGGGCAUUGAAGACCACGCGAGAAACAGAAUUAUGUGACAUAUUGCACAACUACCAGUUGGCAAUAGAGUAUGUGCUAGCAUUUUUGGUUAACUUUGAGAACAAAAACUUUCCAGGUUUGGUUGAUGAAGAAGUCGAUCUUAAUCUAUCAGUAGAUAAAACAUACAAAGUCGAACCAAACACUGGAAGCCUAAUACAAAUCAGUGAUAUCGAAGAAGACAAAGUUAGUUUUUUGCAUCCGGUUCAUUCAUUUUUGAGUUGGUUGAUUGAGUUUUCACGAUUCAAUAACAUCAAUGAUUUGAUUGAUGUUUUCCAAACUGUAAAACUCAAACACAUUGGAUCCGAAACCCCUGGUCUUGAAGUGCUUAUAUUUGAUUACCCGAUUAAGACCAUUGUACUCAUUUCACAAAUUAAAGCAGGACUUUGGGUUCGGAAUGGGUUUAGUGUCAAAUCACAAUUGCAAUUGUACAAGAACACGAGUCUUCGUGACCAAGGUUACACGAGAGAUUUAUUUUUAAUUCAAGUAUUUGCUAAUCUUGGUCAUCCCGAUGUUGUAACCUAUUUAAUUCUUGACCGUUGGAAGCUAUUAGACGAUUGGUUACAGAAUGAACCAUCACACAUAUACGAUGUUAAGGUCUUGCCAUAUAUGCUAGAAGAAUGUUUAAAUUUCUUCAAUCAUUUGUUGACAGAAGAUACACAUUUGAGAGGAUACGACGAAGAAACUCUAAUCAAAAUAAAAAUUCAAAGGGAAAUUAUUCACACGUUAUGUUUUGGUCCUUUGGGAUAUUCAAAGCUUUGUUUUCAAAUUCCGGACCAUAUUGUUGCCGACAGAAGAUUCGAACUUAUAUUAAAAUCAAUGACUCUGUUCAAAGCACCAAAGGGAUCAAAUGAUUUUGGAGUAUAUUAUCUCAAAGAUGAGUAUCUUGACGAUGUUACCCCUUACUAUUGCCAUUAUACUGCCAAUGUAAAAGAUGAAGCAAUAAAGUUUGUGAAGGAGAGAAUAAGUAAAAAGAAAGGGAAACCUGUUACUGAUGUUAUAAUUGAGCCAAAAAGAAUUAAAACAGAAGAAUUGGGAAUAUAUAAGCAUGUUGGAAAUUUUGCCACUUCGACCCAUUUUACAAAUUUUUUAAUAAAAGUUCUUCUUUUCGUUAGCAAGCGUGAUACAAAGUUCGUGGAGAGUUUGUUGGAGACUGUAUUGCAUUUGAUUCAUAUUUGCACUCUUGAGCAAACUAUCAAUAUUGAAAAAUAUGGUAACUUCUUCGAUAGGUUUAUCAACUGGUCAGAGGAAUUUAACACGUCUAUUGCUGACUUGUUGUAUAAAAUAUUACUUGCUGAAGAAUUCAAGUUUUCCCAUACCAAAAUCAGGAGUAUCUUCAGAGUGUUCAAUCAAAAAUACCCCAGUUUUAUACCAACCUUGAAAUCACGUCGUUCUGAGUUUGAUAUUUCAAAAGUGGAUUUAUCAUCUGAUGAAGUCAAUAAUGAAGAUGAGCUUGGUAAGAAAAAACGUAUAGCCAAAGAACGCCAGGCAAAAUUGAUGGCAAAAUUCAAGAAGCAACAAUCUCUGUUUCUUAAAAAGAACCAAUUUGAAACAAUUGCAUGUGGUAGUGAUACGGAAAUGGAAGAGUUGGAUGAUCAUGCUGCAUGGAAAUUUCCGGAGCAUCACUGUAUGUUGUGUCAAAAUGCUGCUGAAGACGCCGGUCCAUUUGGAAUAAUAGCAUACAUCUCAAAAUCUUGUGAGUUCCGAAAUGUUCCUUUUAAUGACGAGUAUUGGUUUUUAAAGGCAUUUUCGGAUAAUGUGGACCUCAAUGGCAAUGAAUACGAGCUAGAUAUAAAUCAAUCGUUACAUAAUUCACCUCGUACCAAGACGUGGACUUCGUUUAUGCAGCAAGUGAGCAAUUCGAGUGUUAUUGGUCCUGGUUUCAAGUUAAAUGAGUUCAUUGAGAGUCAUUUUGUUGCACUGAGUUGUGGACAUGGAAUGCAUUACCAAUGCUAUGUAAACUACAUCACUAAUAGUCGAAACAGACAAAAUCAGAUUACCAGAAGUACUCCUGAAAACAUGGACAGAAAGGAAUUUCUUUGUCCUCUCUGUAAAGCUUUGAACAAUAUAUUUAUUCCAAUUUUAUGGUCAAGUAAUAAUAGAAGUUUACUGGAGUUUUUACGACCAUAUUCUGGUGUUAGUCCAUUUCUUGAUUUAGACUUGAAUUAUUCCAAGGACAAAAACUGGACGGAAAGGUUUCAAAGAUUUUCCGAGAAGGAGUUUGAUUCAAGAUCUAUUUUGACAAGCAUCAGUAAGGAAAUGAUUUCAAUGGACCUGUCGAAGGAACUAACUAAACAGCAAAGAGAUUUCCGUCUAAUGUUGAGUGAUAUGUUCCAGACUUUGUCGUUGUUUACCUUUCCACAGGUUUUCAAAGCAGAUUCAGGCUUUGUUUUAAUUGAUACUAUCAAAUCUGUUGAAAUUUCUUUGCGUGGCGUUUCUUCUGGUGGCCAGUUGAUAAUCCAUCAACUUUCUAAUAAUACAUUGAUAACAUUGCGAACGUUCAAUGAGUUUAAAAAUUCAAGUACACUUAUGAAGGUGAAAAACUGGAUCGAUCUGCCAAGCCAUAAAAAAUCUGCUUAUUCAAAAAUUUUUGCCUAUAUUUUUGCUUUAUCUAAAAAGUCUAUCAACAAUUAUAUUUUAGAAGUGGAUUUUUUUGAGCAUUUGGUGAACACAGAUGCAUUUCCGUCACUUGGAUUUUCUUUUAAUAGCGUUUUGGAAACAUGUUUCAUUGGUCAUUUGAUACAAAGCCUAAGCAUAAUGGUAAAUGAGAUGAGUGCAAAUUGUUUAAAGAAAAAUUGGGCUUACACAGUGUCGGAUAUUCCAACUGUUGCAGAUAUUCCUCAAGGAAUUUCUCAGGCGGCUAUUAGUUGUUUUAAAAAAUUGUCUGUUUCCAAUGACGUCAGGUGCAUGGGUAUUGUUGAAAGUAGAAAGUUUGGUGAAGUGAUAUAUUCCAUGUUAGUAAAAAUUGCUACACCGUUUCUAAGAAGGGCUGCCAUCUAUGCAUAUGUACAGUGUGCAAAUAUUGACGGUAUUGAUUUUGCAGCAUAUCCAGAAACAGAAAUUGAGGCUGACAGAUUAUGUUCUUUUUUGAGUUUAAAACCCGUUUGUGAAUAUUUGCGAUUAUUUAAUGAGGAGAGCUCCUAUGAAGGAAGCAUAUUUCAUGACUUUCUUACUUUUUCAUCAGCGUUAUUAAAGACCAACGAUGUUCUUCGUGUAAAGAAAUUAGUCGAAUAUCCCGGUAUUGUAAAACUAGUUGAUUUGCCAGAAAGACUUGAUUUCUUUUUCACCAAAUAUUAUUAUCUGGAUAGACACAAUAAUCCAAAUAAAAGAGUUGAAGAUCCAGCAAUCUGUUUGUUUUGUGGUGAAGUCAUUGAUGUUCAGAAACAGGCAAUAGGUUGUAAAGAGGGACAGUGUACCACACAUUACUUAAAGGAAUGUAGUAAUGACGUUGGGAUAUUCUUACUACCAAAGGACCGCUCUUUAUUAUUGUUACACAAUAAUGGCGGCACAUUCUAUAAUGCUCCCUUUUUGGACGAACAUGGUGAAAUUGCUGAGGAAAGCAAAAAGGCAAAAGCGUUGCAUUUAAUGAGGCCAAGAUAUGAUGACUUUAUAAGGAAUAUCUGGUUACUGCAUAAUGUCCAGAAUUGCAUAGUAAGAAGUUUAGAAAAUGUGUUGGAUCCCGGAGGAUGGGAGACGUUAUAG